AUGGCAAGUCCCGCCUCGUCCGCCUGUUCUGAGAACCAAGACAACUUCCUCCUAGCGCGCUUCAUACAUGAACUUGAAUUGCCUGUCAACAUCGAUGAAGCCAGCAUGUCAGCUACCGCGACCCCACCUUCCAUAAAGCAAUCAAAUACCCCGAACUUUCCCUCAGUCACGUUCCAGAGCUCGUUAACAUCAUCACCGGGCCCAGCAAGAUCAACAUCAAAGGCUGCCAGCACCACAUACAAACGCCGCAACUACACGCUAGAACUGGCAGUAAGAGGAAUACACGAGUCCGAGGAUUCACCAGAAGGGCUGGAUGACCUUGUGAAGCGGCUGCAGGGAAAGAGCGAUAACUUCGACCCUCUCACGACAGAAGAGACUGAAGCAUUCCAGGAGAGUCUGCUAGUACCUGGAAAUGAGCCGACAAUCCAAGCACUGAUCGUACCCCCACUCCUUAACCUAGCCGCGCUCGUUCGAAGUCCGCUCACGCAUGUGGCAGUGGUCGCCCAAUUUCUUACUGAUUGUUCGAUACCUUUGCAUCGUGAUAUGCCUAUGUGCAGUAAAAUCCCUACGCCCUGGCCGGACUUCACCAUCGGCCUCCGCCGUCAAAGUCUACAUCGGUACAACGCACAUCUAUACGAGCUCGCAGAUAUUGCUGCUCCAAUCAACUGCACGAGCGACAUCGUGUUUCCUUGCUUCACGGUUGAGAUCAAAGGGGAGGAUGGGGGACUUGACGCGAUAAACCAGAAUCGCCACAACGCCGCGAUUAUGCUGCAGAACUUCCGGAGACUCUCCAUUCGCGCAAGAGGAGAUCAGGACACAAAGACGAUCUUUGAUGGCGUCCCUCGAAUUAUAUCCGCCACUGUGAUGCGCAACCAUAUCACGAUAUCCGUGCAUUGGACUGUCUGCUUAAAGAGCGGUGAUAUUAUGUUCAAGAGCCUUCUGAUCAAAUUGUUUGACCUUCUCCGUGUGACACAUGAGGAGUGGAACAAUGCUGCUAGCUUCCUUCGCAGCGCCAUUGAAUUUACGAUUGAACGAGCAAACCAGCAAGUUCAGGAUGACCUGGAAAAACUUCAAAACUGCACACAACCGGCUAUGAUGCCAACGCGCCCCCCGAAACGAAAGCAUGAGGUACUUGAGUGA